UAUGAAGGAAUUGAAGACCGUGCGGACCAAAUGGACGAUAGAUCUGAUGAAAAGCGUUCAGAAACGGAUCAAAACACUAAUAAUGGACACAAAAGCGACGAAAACAGAGAAAAGGAUUGCAAUAAAAGUAAAGACAAAAGCGUUGAACGAAACGAGAGAAGGAGUACUGAAAGGCCGCGAAAGACGUCGGAGUCGUCCGAUAGAGACCGACACCGAAGUAGUGAUCAGCGAAGGGAUAGGAGUAGGAGUCGCGAGAGGGAAAGGGAUAGGAAGUCGUCCCGCGAUCACAGCCUUCGGUCGCGCGAUAGGAGGAGCCGAUCGCCGCGCGACCGACGGAGUAGUCGUAGGAGGGAUAGGAGAGGUCGGUCGCCGGCGGCUCGCGAGCGGACACUGACCUCGAGCUACGGUUCAAAAGAAGCGCUUCCAGAGAGCGAAGACAACAUCGAUCGCGGAGUAAAUCACGCGAACGGCGCCGACAAAUAUGAAAGAAUUGAACAGAAGUUAGAGAAUAUUCACUUAAAUUCCUAA